AGAUAAUGCUGGUAACGCGUGGAGUGGAGAGUGGAGAGGCAUGGGAGGCAUGGCAGCUGCUCCUUUUCCAGGCAAAUGCUUCCUCCUCCUCCAACAAGUACCCAAGCCAUCGGCGGCGCUGGCCGCAGCUCACCCAUUACUACUAGGACGCCGUCGGCUGGCUGCCCUCCCGGAGACGGCCGCAGCGUGCGUGGCCGCCGCGGGGUUGGUGGGAGUCGCAGCCAGCUUGCUAGUGGGCAGGGCGGCGGAAGGAGCACGACGAGAAGAGGAAGAGGAGGAGGAGGAGGAGUGCUCGGAGUGCGGCGGGACGGGGCUGUGCCCGCGGUGCAAAGGGGAAGGGUUCGUGUUCAAGCAGCUGCCGGAGGAGGCGGCCAGCAGGGCCCGGAAGGCGGCCAAGAACAUGGCCACCAGAUACACUUCCGGGCUGCCCACCAAGUGGACCUACUGCAACCGCUGCUCCUCCACUCGCUCCUGCACUACCUGCGGCGGCUCCGGCGCAAUCCCUAAGGCAUCAUCACCCACUACUACUACUCUGUAAUCUUAUUACGUUUCCAUCAAUAUAGCCUCUGCCUCCAAGAGUUUGUUUUUUAAUACUCACUUCACAAAUUAAGUGUUUUUCCCACAAGGCCGCCCAUGAAUUGAAUCACCAGACACCAUAUACACACAAGAAUUAGUAUUACAUCUACUCCCUUUGUAUGUUUAUCGUAUAUAUGCAGUCAGCUGAAGUUUUCUAGGUAAUUCAUGCAGCUUUAGAUAUAUCAAAUUCAUUUCACAUG